CGUCAGGCGUCAAGGAGCAGACGGCGGAAGGGAAACAGAAUCACGCUCGCUUACUUACUUACAAUCAACACCCACUGCCAGAUUCGUCACGGCCGAAACCCCUCGUUGCAUUGCAUCUUUUCAUGUCCAUCGUUUGCUUAUUAUAACAACCGAGGGAGUGAAGAAGAGCCUAGACUGCUAGCCUUCGUGUUCGGUACAUCGCAGUUUCAGCCUCGUAUUCUUUCUCUACUUGCCCUUCGCCUCCGUCGAUGGACUCUUGAACUGCGCCCACCCACUUCUACUGUCCCAGAGGGUCUACUCAGGCCUCAUCCGACCCGCUGCCACCGCCGCCGCAUAUUGUCCUGUGCGACAUCCACGACUGGGUGGCGACAACCCGACGCGGAAAAUUCACGGAUCUGAAGCCUCAUCUCGCACCCUGCGAGGGCUGAUCUGCAGUCGCAACCGCCGGGUCCACAGUGCGCCCGACUCGACAGCCUUGCGAACAUCCUCAUUUGCCCCCUCUGCCCUCAAUCGAAGAAGAAGGGUUACUGCGCACAACCACAAGAACGUCUAGUCUGGCCACGAACCGGCCAACGACAGACAAGAUGGCCUUCGGCGACUUCACGUCUUUCUGCCAAACGGCGCCGCUACCGCUGUGUGCAUCCGUCGGAGCGAUAACGUCCAUCUCUAAUGGCGUUGGCAUCGAGGCGAAUUGCUACGCCCGAAACAUCGAGCUUGCGAACACCAUCAUCUUCCAGAUGGCGGCGAGCGCGAUACAUAUCGUGUCGCUGGUCAUGACCGUCAUCAUGAUCUUGCAUGUCAGGGGAAAGUUUACUGCUGUCGGUCGAAAGGAGAUCAUCAACUUUUUCUACAUCUACAUGCUCCUCACCUUCUUCUCCCUGAUUGUCGACGCAGGAGUGUCCCCUCCCGGCUCGACAGCAUACCCGUACUUCGUCGCCCUGCAAGCUGGUCUCGCGUCAGCCCUCGUUACCUGCCUCUUGAUCAACGGCUUCGUGGGUUUCCAGCUAUACGAGGAUGGCACACCGCUGUCACUGUGGAUGCUGAGGCUGUGCUCUCUCGCCGCCUUCGCCAUCUCGUUCCUUGUGUCCUUGGCGACGUUCAAGAGCUGGGCGGGGCUGGGCCCAACCAACACCGUGGGCCUCUUCGUUGUGCUGUACCUAUUGAACGGCAUACAGUUGCUAGUAUAUCUAGUUAUGCAGGUUAUCCUCGUGACGCAGACGCUUCAGGAUCGCUGGCCGCUGGGUGAACUCGUCUUUGGCGUCCUCUUUUUCGUGGCUGGCCAGGUGAUCCUGUACGGUUUCAGCGACAAGAUCUGCAAUGCAGUGAGCCACUAUCUUGACGGUCUCUUCCUGGCUUCCAUCUGCAACCUGUUAGCGGUCAUGAUGGUCUACAAGUUCUGGGACUCCAUCACGAAGGAAGACCUUGAAUUCUCCGUCGGAACUAGGAUGAACAACUGGGAGGUCAAAGAAUUGCUCACUGAGGAGGAUCGCCGAGCAACGAUGUACCAGGACGACCAGUACGCGCACUCGAGCGCAUACGACACUCCAUUCUCGCCGUCACCCAACGCGAAUCGACACUCGAAAUACUAG